GUGAGAGGGAGAGGUUUUCUGUUUCCUGCUGCCACUAGCCGAAACUGAGUAGCGACUAUCCUGUUUGGGGAUUGCUGUCAGUGAGUUUUAUGUAAGCCCUUAGAUCUUAAAGAGUCUAUAUAAGACGACGCUCUCUCUCAGACAAUUCCUCAGUCAAAAUGCGUGCCUUUUGGUUGAUGGUGUUACACGGUGUGUGUCUGAACGUACUGCACGUACGGAGUAAUGUUAUUCUGGACAGUUGCGGUAGUGCCGCGAACAGUGACGAUUCAAACAGCGGCUCCGCUAUUCGACUACCUCCCGUGGUAACGAGUGGUAUACAUUUCUUUUGCAACGAUACCGCCGAUUCCCCGAAACAUGCAUUUCAACAAAAAAUCAACCGAAGCGAAGACGAAGAUAACUAUUCACUGCGAGAUCACGUUGUGCCUGAAAUGCGAGUUGAACUGUUUAAUGAAACGCCGCGACCCAGUGCCCCUGUAAAUUGGAUUACCCAGGUGGUCUCGACGUUAGUGCCGCUUCCAAAUGGCCUUGGAACCGCUUGUCGAAGAGACACGGAGAUUUAUCUAAGGGAAUUGAAUAAUUACACCGACUGGGCCGUUCGCAUGAUGGAUGCCAGCGCAAAGUUUCCCCACGGUGUUCUGAUGGGAAACAUACGAAGCCUGGGAGACUUCGACGAGUGUCUUUGGAUAGAAACGGCUCAAGAUAUUGAACCGCAAUACUGUCUCACCUCGAUCUAUAAUAUGGAUGUGAAAGACACCCAUCCCGCGUACGAAGCGCUCCAAAAUUAUGUUAGAGUCAUGACGUACGGUAGAAUGACUAUGGAAACGUACGAAACGACGAUGGGGACCUUGCCCAUGCAAAGGUCGGGACGAAUCGAAUGGGCCAUGUGCGUACCGGCCACAUGUACGAACAUGGACGUUGAAAUCAUGAUGAACGUCGCCGGGAAACGAAUUUUUCCAGGAUCCGACAUCAAGGCUAUCGUACACGCCAAGGAUUGUUACACGAACGCGAAACCCUCAGAAUUUUCUCUCAGAGACCGGCUCAUUUUAUCUAGCGUACUUGGUAUUGUAUUCACGGUGAUCGUUUGCACGAUUAACGAUCGACCCGACGGUACCAACAUCCAGAACGAAGAAAAACAACUUAGCACUAAGAUAUUGGAAGCGUUCUCCCUGAAGCGUUCGUGGAAAAAGCUCACCGACUUUUCGCCCAGUAAGUCAAGCAGGCAAAUAGAGUGUUUGGACGGGAUGCGAGGAAUUUCGUCAUUAUGGGUCGUUAUGGGUCAUCAGGCACUGCUGGCCGCCUCGAACCCUUACUCCGACAAAGUUACUUUUUUCAAUACCCAGAAAUACACGCUGCUAAUGCUUCUCUGGAACUUCUUCCUUCCCGUGGAUACGUUUCUCGUAAUCGGUGGUUUGGUGCGUUGUUACAAUUUGAUCCCGGGCUUGGAAAAGCGUACGGUGAAUCACUGGAAGAGUGCGAUUACCAGAUACCUCAGAUUGACGCCUACUCUCUUGGUCGUCAUCGGAUUCUACGUAUCGAUUAUGUACAGAAUUGGAAACGGGCCAUUCUGGAAUCGUCAGGUCGGCGAGAACAAAGUUGCCUGCGAAUGGAACUGGUGGAAGACCGUUUUAUACGUCAAUAACUACAUUUACAACGACAGCGAAGGUUACCACUUGUGUCUACUUCAGUCCUGGUACACCUCGGUGGACAUGCAGUUGUACCUUUUGGCGCCGCUUCUCGUGGUCCCACUUUGGCGAAACCCUAAAUUGGGAUCGAUUCUGUUAAUUAGCGUGGCCGGGAUCGCAACGGCCGGACAAUACGCUACGAUUGUCUUCAAGCGAUUACCGGGGCUUCCGAUAACCAUCCAUUCCGACGACACUGCCAUUCUCACAUACGUUAAGACUUUCUAUUUCGUUUCGCACACGAGGGCUAUGCCGUAUUUGAUAGGAAUCGCAACUGGAUACGUUAUGCACAACUACAAAAAUGUCAGCCUAUCAAAGACGCAGGUGACCGUCGGUUGGGCCUUGGCGGCUUUUGGAUUAUUUUGGCCUCUUUUCGGCUCGUUGGGAUAUCUGGCGGUCGACUAUCCUUUGGGAACCUGGAGGCACGCUUACUUCGGAGCAUUUCAUAAGUCAGUCUGGGCAGUGGCUAUAUCGUGGACAAUUUUCGCUUGCCAUCACGGAUACGGAGGAUACGUCAACAAAGUUCUUUCGAGCAGAGUCCUGAGGUUUUUGGCGCGAAUAUCGUAUUCCGUUUUCUUGCUUCACUUGGGUAUCCUUAUUUGUUUCGCUGGAUAUAUGAGAGGACCUAAGCACACAGACAUUCCGUCAAUAGCAAAAGAUAUGAUUGGUGAAGUGGCCUUCGUAAUGGGUCCCUCGAUUCUGCUGCAUCUCUUUAUCGAAGCGCCAUUUUCGGAAUUGGCUCAACUCGUUUUCACGAAGCAGAAAACGGAAGUGAAGAAAGCCGAGUAGCCUCGCAUAAUUUAAAAUGUUUGUUUCAUUAGUUUGUAAAAAGUGCAAAUAGGGUACAUAAUAUGAUAAGCAUCGAUGACUACCAAUGCGAUAUCACAGUGGUGGAAAAGAGACAAAUGAGUGAGUUUUUAUUGUAUAUAUGUUUUAUAUUGUAAGUAGAUAUUUAUUUCUGUGAAUGGCGUUGAAUGAUACGUGUUUUAAUAUUCACGCGACCUAAUAAAACGGAUAUAUUUGUAUUUAAUA